AUGGCCAAGGAGGCUCCCGCAAAGACCGGUCUGACCGUCGGCAUUAACCGCGGCCACAAGACCACUCCCCGCGUUACCAAGCCCCGUGUCUCCCGUACCAAGGGUCACCUGAGCAAGCGCACCGCUUUCGUCCGUGAGGUCGUCAAGGAGGUUGCUGGCCUCGCCCCUUAUGAGCGCCGCGUCAUCGAACUCCUCCGCAACUCGCGCGACAAGCGUGCUCGCAAGCUCGCCAAGAAGAGGCUCGGUACCUUCGGCCGCGCCAAGGCCAAGGUCGACGAGCUCCAGCGCGUCAUCGCUGAGUCCCGCCGUACCGCCCACUAA